CUCUUAGACGCCGGUUUUCUCCAGCUCGGAGUUGCUAGAGGACUCCCAUCCGCCCUGCCGCGCUUUUCACGCCGCCCUCCCGCUGCCGACCAUGGCUCGGCUUGGGGACACCACCCUCCGUCUUUGUCUCCUGCUCCGGUUUCUGCUAACAGAUUCAGCGCCUCGCGGCUGUGAGUUCAGAGAUGCUCUUUCUCCUGCCUUUGAAUUCCCCAUCACACCAAAGCCCAAUCCCGGAGAACCAUGGUGUGAGAUUCGAGGCAAGGUCAAUGGAAACACGUUUCUGUAUUACGCCUGUGGGAACAAGAAGGUCGAAGUCUUUGGUCCUCUGGGGAGGAAUGUGAAUGACAUAGUGUUUUGGGAGAGACAGACCGAAACUCUGAAAGACCUGGCAGAAGAGCUCAAGAAGAAACUACUUGACUGGAAAGCAGCGGAUUUUACACCCAGUGACUCUCUCUCCCUGCAGGGCAGGAUGGUGUGUGUGCGUGGGGACAACGGACGCACCAGCGGAUCCUGGGAGUUUCACAUCAAUGAACAGAUGUCCUACUUCUUUAACUCAGAGAGUGGAAAUUGGACACUUUGUCCUAGAGGCCGACAGAUAAAGGCCUCAUGGGAGAGUGACAGAGAUUUGACCAAUUCCCUCAUGAAGAUCUCAGUUGGAGAUUGUAACAAGUGGCUUGAGCGAAUACUGAUGCACUGGGAUGAACUGUGGGAGACAACAGCCCCGCCAGGCACGCAGCAAGUCACGGCCCAGUCCGGGGCCACGGCCCUCAGACCCAUCACCUGGAUCCUCCCUGUGAUUCUCAGCCGCUUAAUCAUAACUCGCAUCCAGGCAGAGUCUUUUAGAGUGACAGCCUGGAAGGAACACUGGGAUUGCCGUGCAGUGGGCUGAACAUCAACUACUGUCUGGACGUGAUGAAAUAGAGGGCAAAUGAGUGAUUCCAUUUAUACUCCUACCAACACCUAAGAGAACUCGUGUUAGUCUAUUUCCUGUCCACCACUUGCUAUAGAUAUAUUUAGGAUGUUGUCAAAAAGUAAACCAAUAAUAA